AUGCCUGGUAUGGGUGAUGGUUCAACCCCGACGAAAGACGCCGAGAGGGCGUUGAUAGGUUCACUGGUUGACUCGUAUCCUUUCAAAGAGAACGGGCUGGUGAAGAAAACCAUCAGCGUCACCUACCAGGGCGUUCCACAUCACCUGGUUUCCUACUACAACGUGGAAGAUGUGACCGAGGGCAAGCUUCUGACGCCAUCUAAAGACCACCAAUUGUCGACCAUCAUCCCUCGAGGCGAGCUGAUCAUGUCGCAAAAUUUCAGGGCACCUAUCGACGAGGUAGAAAUGGACGACACGAGAGCACCUCACGGCGGUGGUCUUUUCGCCCACCCGUAUCCGGUCAACAGCCACCACCAGAGCAUGUCGCGCGCUAUGUCCGUCCCCUCUCUUCACCACAUGGGUGGCAUGGGUACCCAAUUUGGACAGGCCUCCUACAUGCCACAGUAUUUAAGUGCGGUGCCUGGGUCUGUAGGCAACGUUGGCUACGCGCAACCACAACACCACCCGUACUACGACAACAUGGGCCGACCAAAUAGGUACGCCUCUGGCGCAGGUUUGGGCCCUGACUUGUCACGGACAAUAGCCUUGGAACCUCAGCAUCACCCCCGUCGUCACUCCACGGCAUACGAGCCCACUUCAGGGCCAGACAUGAGCCUGACGGGUAGCUUGCCUGCCGUGCCCGAUCCGGCAAGGUCUAUGGGGGGUAAUUACAUGUCCAGCAUGCUCUACUCGCAGCAGCCACAGCGGGUUACCGAUAUGUCAUCACAUGAGGCAUUCCCUGCUCAGUCUCCAAGGAACGUACACUCCGAAUCCGGCUUGGGUGGCGACAGGUCUGCACCAAACAUCACCUUCGACGGGAUUUCUCGGGAUUGGAAUUCGUUCGACCAACUGGAGGACGACCAAAAUCAAUACAUGUCUCAAGGGAACUCUGCGUGGCCAAGCGGGAGCAACGCCAUGAAUAGGACUUGA